AUGAAGAAGGAGAUGUGGUUGGCAGAAGCAGAAAUGGUCGGCAGAGAAGCUCUUCUUGGCAAAGUAGUUUACAUAAAGGAUUUCAGCAUGAUCUUUCUUCUCGGAAUAUGGUUUUGCUUUUCUCUUUCCAUGGCUGAUCUAGGACCUAAUAUUAUUCAGAACAACCUUAUAGAAUUUACUAUGACAAAUGGCAUUGGAAACAAAGCUGGAUCUCGGACUCCAAGACAAGCUUCUCCCUUCCCCAGGAGAGAAACCAAACCUCAACUUACAGAAUUUAGUGUGAAAUCUACUAUUAUAUCCCGCUAUGCUUUCACUGCUGUUUCCUGCACCAUGGUCAAUCGAGCAGCUGAUGCUAAGGAUACGGUAUUCCAGAUGCAGAUUCCAGCUGCUGCUUUUGUCUCCAACUUCACCAUGAUAAUUGGAGGCAGGACCUAUCAUAGUCACGUGACAUGGAAAAAGGAAAAGACUGGUGAAAACAAUAUAUACGACAGUACCAGGAUCUAUGGUGAGCAUGAAAUGGAAACAUUUAAGGCAUCAGCAGUUAUCCCAGGACGGAACAAAGCAGUUUUUCUCUUAAUGUAUGAAGAACUCCUCCAAAGACGCCUUGGGAUGUACGAGCAUGCUAUCAGUGUCCGCCCGCAGCAAUUAGUGGGUCGUCUUAUGGUAGAGGUGAACAUAGUUGAGAACUCAGGCAUUACCUCCCUGGAGGUGCCUCCUUUCCAAAACACCAAACAGAAAGCCAAAACCACUGACACGAUCCCAUCUCCUCCUCCUUCAACAGUUAUCAACCAAACGGAAAACUUUGCAAGAAUAACAUUCAACCCUAAUGUGAUCUUACAAGCAAAGAUUGCUCAGAAAGGCACCUUUGGGGAUUUUGUAGUGCGAUAUGAUGUAAAAAGAGAACUCAGUGUGGGAGACCUCCAGGUAUUAAAUGGAUACUUUGUGCACUAUUUUGCACCAACAGAUCUGCCUCCUCUGCCCAAAAAUAUAGUGUUUGUAAUUGAUACCAGCGCAUCUAUGGUGGGGACCAAAAUUAAGCAGACCAAAGAAGCCUUAUUUACAAUUCUUCAAGAUCUGAGGCCCGAUGACCACUUUAAUAUCAUUGGCUUUUCCACUAGAAUCAAAGUGUGGCACCAAGACAAAAUGGUGAAGGUCACCCCCAACAAUAUCCGGGAUGCAAAGAAAUUUAUUUAUGGGUUGUCCCCAACUGGAGGUACUGAUAUUAAUGGAGGCAUCCGAACUGGUGCAAACCUUCUUAACAACUACCUUUCUCAAAAUGGCUGGCAUGAGAGGAGUGUAUCCCUGAUUGUUUUCUUGACUGAUGGAAGGCCCACUGUUGGAGAAGUUCAGUCCACAAAUAUUAUUGGAAACACCAAAAGUGCCAUCAAGGAAAAAUUCUGCUUGUUUAGUAUUGGGAUUGGCAAUGAUGUGGAUUAUAAUCUACUGGAAAAGCUGUCUCUGGAGAACUGUGGCAUGAUGAGAAGGAUCCAUGAAGAUGAAGAUGCAGCAGUACAGCUGAAAGGGUUUUAUGAUGAGAUUGGAACCCCACUGUUAUCUGAUAUCCGCAUCACUUACCCACCAGACAGCGUAGAAUAUGUCACACAGAAUAUGUUUUACAACUAUUUUAAUGGAUCAGAAAUUGUGGUAGCUGGGAAAUUGCUCAAUCGCUCCUCCAACACCUUGCAUGUCAAAAUCAAGGCAAGCAACAGCAAUAAAUAUGUUGUCUUGGAAGACGAUAUUAACAUAGAAGGCGUGGUACAAAAUGAAGUUACUGGAUCAGAGCUCAUUGCAGAAAAUCCUGAAUAUAGAAAUCAUGUGGAAAGAUUGUGGGGAUACCUGACAUUCAAGGAACUUCUUACAGCAUGGCACAAAACUGAUGAUGGAAAGGAGAAGGAAGAAAUAAUGGCGAAUGCCAGGAAGCUUGCAUUAAAUUAUAACUUUGUAACCCCCUUUACCUUGUUGGAAGUGAAGGACUCUGGAUUUCAGGCAGAUCUUCCAAAAGAAGAGGCAACCAGUCUUCACACAGAAGGGAUUGGACAGAAAUUACUGAAUCUACAAGGCAAAAAAGCUCCAGAUGAUUCCCCACCUAAAAACCAAGGGAAACAAAAAACAUCUGUCUCCAAAACAUCAGCGGAUGGAGACCCGCAUUUUGUUGUUGAUUUUCCUUUGAGCAAAGUGACUGUUUGUUUUAACAUUGAUGGUGAACCUGGGGACAUCCUGAGGCUAGUUUCAGACCACAAAAACUCUGGUGUAACAGUAAAUGGACAGCUAAUAGGAGCGCCGGCACCUCUGAAUGGGCAUAAAAAACAAAGGACUUACUUUAGCAGUAUCACCAUCAUCAUCAACAAACCAAAACGAUCUUACAUUGAGAUCACCCCCGCCAAAGUUAUCUUAGACAGCAAGGAUCGACUGAUUCUGUCAUGCUACAAGACAGCAACAGUGAAAAGUGAUGACCUUGUGGUUUUCGUUAAUGCCAAGUCAAACGUCACAGUGACCAUUCGAGGCACCAUCAGCUUUGUAAUACUGGUUCACCACUACAAGAACCCAGCUCCAUAUCAAAGAAAUCACCUGGGAUUCUACAUUUCCAACAGCAAAGGAUUGUCUUCCAAUUCUCAUGGGCUUUUGGGUCAAUUUAUAUACAACGAAGUGAAAGUCACUACAGCACCCCUCAGUACUAAUAACAAAGCCGCUGGUAAACCAGCUCCUGCCCAAAAUGUCACCAUGCUGACGGUGAGAAAUCGCAAGAUUCCUGUGAUCAGAAAGCAGAGGAAGUUAUAUAAUGGCCUUCACCAAGUGGACUGCUGGUUUGUCAAGAAUAAUGCAGCUAAGUUAAUUGAUGGGACUUACCAGGACUAUCUUGUAUCCCAUCCAUUUGAGUCUGGAAACGAUCUCAUAACAAAUGAAGUGUAAUUUCAGCAAUAUUGACAAUUGAUGAUACAUUCCACUUUGUAUAUACUGAGCAAUGAUGGAAAUUAACACUGGACAUGGAGCAGUUCUCAGAUACACACUAAGCGGUGGGUUUAUAUUGAAGAGAUCAUUCUUUGACAGUGCCAUAUAUAUUCGUUGCAUUUCUAAAACUUAAAGUGAUCAUAACUGACUUUUUGGGGAAGUAUGAUUGUCUUGGUAAUACUCCUGUUUCCGUUGGUUGAAAUUAUUCUUCAACGCGUGGAUGUCACGUGUAAUCAUAAUAUUGGUCUAAUUCACCACCAUAGUAUUCCAGUUAUCUUCUAAUUCAAGGACU